AUGCCUGGCGCGUCUCACCUCGCACUCUUUGCUAGACCUAUCGAUACCCUGCUUGCGCCACUGCGAAAUAUCCUCCUCGCCCUCUGGCGGACCCUCCUCAUCCGUCUCAGCCCGCCGCCUGCUGCGACGUCGACCCUGACCAGUCCGCCACCGACACGCUCCCCAGCCAUGGCUGCUCCGAGGAAGAAGAUUGCCGUCAUGACCUCCGGGGGCGAUUCCCCGGGCAUGAACGGCGUUGUUCGGGCUGUUGUGCGGACAGCCAUCCACAUGGAUUGUGACGCCUAUGCCGUCUACGAGGGAUACGAAGGCUUGGUGCGCGGAGGCGACUUCAUCAGGAAGAUGGAAUGGCACCAUGUUCGAGGAUGGCUCUCCGAGGGAGGCACGCUCAUCGGAACUGCUCGAUGCAUGGCUUUCUACGAGCGACCCGGUCGGUUGACGGCCGCCAAAAACAUGGUCUUGAACGGCAUCGACGCCCUGAUUAUCUGCGGCGGCGAUGGCUCCCUCACUGGCGCUGACAGAUUCCGCUCCGAAUGGCCGUCAUUGCUCGACGAGUUGGUGACAAAGGGCGAGCUCUCCGACGACCAGGUCGCCCCGUACCAGCACCUCAACAUUGUCGGCAUCGUCGGUUCCAUUGACAACGACCUCUCCGGCACCGACGCCACCAUUGGCUGCUACUCCGCCCUGUCCCGGAUCUGCGAAAUGGUCGACUACAUCGAGGCCACCGCCUCGUCCCACUCUCGCGCCUUCGUCAUUGAGGUCAUGGGACGACACUGCGGGUGGCUAGCCCUUUUGGCAGGAGUCGCGACAGGCGCAGACUUUGUCUUUAUCCCCGAGCGUCCUCAGGAGCACGACUGGAGAAGAGACAUGCGUUUGGUUGUCAAUAGACAUCGUAAGCUUGGCAAGCGCAAGACCAUUGUCAUCGUCGCCGAGGGCGCUCGUGACAAGGACGGGAACAAGAUUGUCCCCGAGGAGAUCAAGGACCUUCUCGCCGACAAGGCGGAGGGCGGUCUUGGACUCGACACUCGCAUCACUACUCUGGGCCAUGUUCAGCGCGGCGGUACGGCCGUCGCCUACGACCGCGUGCUCUCUACGCUUCAGGGUGUGGAGGCCGUCCACGCCGUCCUGGAAGCCACCCCCGACACUGAGACUUGCUUCAUUGCCAUGAACGAGAACAAGAUUGUGCGCAAGCCGCUGAUGAAGGCUGUCCGGGAAACCCAAGAGCUGGCCAAGGCUGUCGAUGCAAAAGAUUUCGACAAGGCCAUGUCACUGCGUGAUGCCGAGUUCGCCGACCAGUAUAAUUCGUAUAUAACAACUACGAACGUCAUGAUUGACGACCACAAGCUACCCCACAAGCAUCGCAUGAAGGUUGGCUUCAUCAACGUCGGUGCGCCAGCCGGCGGGAUGAACGCAGCGGUGCGAGCAGCCGUUGCAUACUGCAUCGGUCGGGGACACGAGCCCAUUGCCAUCCAUAACGGAUUUGCAGGCUUUGCACGUCACCACGACGACAAGCCGCUGGGCUCUGUCCGACCCUUUGACUGGCUCGAAGUAGACGGCUGGGCGAGCAAGGGCGGCUCCGAGAUUGGAACGAACCGUGAGCUGCCGGAAGAAUCCGGCAUGGAGCUCAUUGCCAACCUGAUUGAGCAGUACGAAUUCGACGCUCUCUUCAUCAUUGGCGGCUUCGAGGCCUUUCACUCCGUGGCGCAGCUGCGGAGAGCCCGGGACGAGUAUCCCUCACUGUGCAUCCCCAUCUGUCUCUUGCCGGCGACCAUCUCCAACAACGUCCCGGGCACCGAAUACUCUCUUGGAUCUGACACGUGCCUGAACGAGCUCGUGAGUUACUGCGACAAAAUCAAGCAGUCUGCGUCCGCCACGCGCCGGCGGGUUUUCGUCAUCGAGACGCAGGGCGGCCGCUGCGGGUACAUUGCCACGCUCAGCGGACUGAGCGUUGGGGCCUCGGCGGUCUACAUCCCCGAGGAGGGCAUCAGUCUCUCCAUGCUGAACGCCGACGUCAACCACCUCAAGAAUGUGUUCAAGAACGACCGCGGGCAGUCCCGCGCGGGCCGCCUCAUUCUGGUCAACGAAAAGGCGAGCAAAGUGUACGAUGCCAAGCUCAUUGCCCACAUCAUCCGCGAGGAGGCUCACGACCGGUUUGAAAGCCGUGAAAGCAUCCCCGGGCAUGUCCAGCAGGGCGGUGUCCCGUCGCCCAUGGACCGCUGCCGGGCGGUAAGAUUGGCCAUCAAGUGUAUUCAGCACCUGGAGGACUUUGGCUGCAAGGCUCACAACCGCGUCAAGAAGGACCCCAACAGCACGUCAGUGAUUGGCAUCCAGGGGUCGGAGGUUGUGUUCACGGCGGUGAAGGCGCUGGAGGAGCAGGGGACGGACUGGCCCAACAGACGGCCCCGGGCUGCGCACUGGCUCGAGGUUCGUGACGUGGUGGACAUGCUGGGCGGCCGACCCGACUAUCCUAGACCGGAGAGGAGCCUGACGGGACUGAUUGCCAAGGACACCAAGAGAGGCCUUGUGUGA